AUGUCUCCCAAAACUACGCGCCGUGGCAUUGCAAACUGGAGGCUGUGGAAAUUCGAGUUGUGGGCUCUUGUCGGCUCUGUGCUUUCCUUCGCGAUCAUGGUCAUUGUACUUGCGAUUUUCGAUGGUCGUCCGAUAUUCGAGUGGAAGAGCGUCACACUCAACGCUAUCAUCUCGGUGCUCUCGGUCGCCAUGAAAGCGAGUCUGACGUUUGCAGUAGCGGAGCUGAUUGGUCAAUGGAAAUGGAUAUUAUUUUCGCGAGGUGAACGGCCGUUGAUGGACUUCGAACGGAUUGACAUGGCCAGCCGUGGUCCAUGGGGUAGUUUGAGGGUUCUUUCGCGGAUGCGUGGCCUCCAAGUACUGCCCCUGCAACUCGGCGCCCUGUUGAUCAUACUUGCAAUCGGCCUCGAUCCAUUCUCGCAGCAGCUUCUUCAAUUAGAGCGGAGACCCAGAUUCGCAAAUGGCUGGCACACCGAUUCAGAGGCUGCGUUUACCACGCUGGCGACGAGCUUCGACCGGGGCAAAACACUCUAUGCGCACGAUUGGUCGCGGGCCGAAAAUUCAACCCGCAAUCCAGUUAUCAGGAUGACGACGGAGCUGGAACUGUCCAUGCAAGCGGCGAUCCUGAACGGGCUCUCUCGCACCCGAAAUGUAGUCGAUCAACAGGGCACCGUGCAGUGUCCGACCGGAAUCUGCUCCUGGGACCAGUUCCAGACCCUCGGUGUGUGCAACCGGUGCCAGGAUCUAACGUCAGAUCUGAAGAGGAUUGAUGAUUUUGGGGAGGUAUACAACGCCCUCUAUAAUGACGGCUAUGGAGACGUAUAUCAGAAGAAAAACGGGACUGCCUUUACUUUGCCUAAUGGCCACUUCCUUAUGAAUAUAAACGACUGCUCACUCACCCGCGGCGGUUGCGACUACCUCAGCCCAACGAUCGGGCAUGCGCCGCCGGCGCAAUUGAUGAUGUCGUCGUUUGGGACUGGGGAUCCGAACAAGACAAACAGCAUGCAGGAGGUCAAUACCCUGAUAUGGUCCAUGAGCAUAAUCCACCUAGACAAGGAAAAAAUCAACAACUCCUCCAAGCCAGACUUUGAAUACAAAUGGCCUGAGAUUCCGCUUCUGGCAACGGAGUGCGGGAUAUACUACUGUGUCAAGACCAUCGACUCAACUAUGGAAGGAAACAUCAUCCGCGAAAACGUGAGUGAAGCAAUCGACGCAGUUCGCGACCCGAAUUCUUUCCUCCUCCCUUCCUGGAGCCAAGACUACAUGGCGCCAGAGAAUAUGCCACCGGUCAACGAGUCUGCACCGCUGGAGUUUAAUGAGCUUUACGCAUACGCUGACCGGGACGACCUCGUCCUGCAUUUCCCGGAUAACUCCAGCAAGCCCUCGUACUCAGUCACUGCGAAUGCAGUCUGGGCACUGAGCCAGUACAUGCAGAAUUUGUUCUCCAAAAAUAUUACAGCGGGAGCCAACAUGACUACCGCGAUGUCAAACGUCCUGCCGAAGGACGCAGUCGGAUAUAACGGGGUGAUAGAGAACGAACAAAGCAGCCCUGCAGCAGUUGACUCUCUUUGGAAUACAGAUAAGCCCAAUAUAACAGAUACUUUUGGUACACUUGCUGCGAGUAUGACGAACGGGAUGCGGGAGGAAUACGAUGGCUACACUGUUGACUAUGUAUAUGGACGUACGGGGACACCUACGCAGUAUUACAAGACGCAGUGGGGAUGGAUCGCGCUACAUGGUGUGGUGUUGAUUGGUGGAGCGGUGUUCUCGUUCAUGACAAUGAUCGAUUCAGCAAGCCCUUCAAAGGCAGUUCCGGUCUGGAAAAACAGCCCUCUUGCGACUAUUAAUAGCGGGUCGUCGGCGGUGGACGUCCUUAAGGGCGCGGACACUGUGAGCGAAAUGGAGAAGAAAGCGCGAGGUGGAAGUGUGAUGAUGCAAGGCACGGCAUCUACGUCAUACCAGCAAAUCAAUCAAAAUGAAGACGGUAGUAUACGGUCAAUGCAGCAGCUACGUGGGGAAUAG